AUGAUGAUAGGCUCGCACAUCCUGGAAAUGUACCCGACUCUGGUCGAGGACUUCUGGGAAUUCCAUCAACAGCUUGCGAAUUACUCUCGCGGGCUGCCUCGGUGGAUGAUCUCGUCUGCGUAUGAGAUGAGGGAUCGGCUGCUUGCUAAUCCCAAGGCAUGGAAUCGGAUGGCGCAGCAGCACUCGGAUUGCUCCAAGCAUGGCAUAGAUGAUGCGGAUUGGGAUGAGUUCUCUGGAACUAGGUAUAUUAGGGCGCACCAGGAUUUGAUGCGGACGCAUAAGACGUCCCCUCCCGCCUAA